GUGUGAAGUGCGCUGCGAGUGUGGCUGGGGAUUGUUUUCAUUGCGAAGCCGCCGCUAUUUUUGCGUCUUUUCCGGCAUUUUCCGGCACUUUUCACGCAUUUUCCGGUUGCAGUGCACACACGAGCCAUGGCUGAGUACUUGGCGUCGAUUUUCGGCACGGAGAAAGACAAGGUGAACUGCUCCUUCUAUUUCAAGAUUGGGGCCUGUCGUCACGGAGAUCGAUGCUCGAGAAUCCACAACAAACCAACCUUCUCACAGACUGUGCUUCUGCAGAAUCUCUACGUGAAUCCGCAGAAUUCGGCAAAAUCCGCCGACGGCAGUCACUUGGUGGCCAAUGUGUCUGAUGAGGAGAUGCAGGAGCAUUACGACAACUUCUUCGAGGACGUUUUCGUGGAGUGCGAGGACAAGUAUGGCGAGAUUGAGGAGAUGAACGUGUGCGACAACUUGGGGGACCACUUGGUGGGCAACGUUUACAUCAAAUUCCGUCGCGAGGAAGACGCCGAGCGUGCAGCCAAGGAUCUGAACAAUCGCUGGUUCGGCGGACGUCCCGUGUACGCCGAAUUGUCGCCUGUGACAGACUUCCGGGAGGCGUGCUGCCGCCAGUACGAAAUGGGCGAGUGCACGCGAUCUGGUUUCUGCAACUUCAUGCACCUUAAGCCCAUCUCGCGAGAGCUCCGUCGCUACCUGUACGCUAGGCGUCGCGGACGCUCUCGAUCUCGCUCCAAGUCUCCGCGACAGCGUCGCGAGAGAUCACGCGAGCGUCGUCGCUCACGCAGCAGAGAGCGCGACGGACGGAAGGGACGCUAUUGAAGCUCCGGCGGAGACAAUGAGCCCCAUCCUGGGAAUUCUAGAGGAGGCGAGAGGCAGUUUCACGGAUUCUCUUCCCUUAACCCGCACUGAAACCUCUGUACAUGCAUUGAUUUGUGUAAGAAAAGUCGCCUCUGUCCCAAUUA